AUGGUUUUUCGAACUACAUAUCCUCCUUUUUCUUUUCCCCAGGCAACUCGCGCGAAACGCUUUUAUUUAGAGGCCCAGAUCCCAAUACAAGUAACAUACAUGAAUGUACAAAAGGCACCAAGCCUGACAAUAGUAUUUCUACCAGAGAUUCAGCGCCAAUUUACUUGCACCCUCGAGGAUGUGGUUAUUAAUACCGUUCCCUUCCAAAAUCUUAGCGCUCAGCAUCCAGCCCAAGAUGGGCAUAGCAAUACGAAGAAUACAUUUCCAAUAGAUCUUACGGUACUUGAGUCUGGUAUUAUACAGGUUCGGAGGAAAUAUAGGAUUAUAAAAUUCAUUCCCUUAAGCAGCGAUAACCCAAUUAUCUUACAACAACCGGCAACGGACCCUAACUUAAAGAAAGCUCUUUAUUACCAGCACCUAUACUCAAAAUACCUACAGGAAUAUAGAAAAAGGCGAGACUUAGCAGAAGUCUUAGGAUACGAGAUACCCAAGUAUUUAAAGAACUGGUAUAAUAACUGUCUCCGAGACAUUAUAAGGCGACUAGAACAACUCGGAUAUUUUUAA